AUGGCCUUAGACAGUCUGUUAGGGGUUUACCCUCAUCUCACCGAACAAUACAAGUAUCAAGUGUUGCUGAGCCACCUUGGUGGCAAUAUUAGGAAACUGGCUGAAGCAUUUAUCCAUGAGACCAAGCCCUACUCAGCUGCACUUUCAGCCUUGCAAGAAAAGUAUGGACAGCCGCGACAACUUGUCCAAAGCGAGAUUGGACAACUACUACAAACACCUCCUAUCCGAUCUAAUGAUACUGAUAGUUUUGGGAAUUUCGCACUGUCAGUGCAUUCAUUAGUGGGUAUGUUACGGUCGAUAGAAGGCGAUAGUGGUUAUGAACUCCAGUGUGGUUCCUAUGUGGAUCGGCUCAUCAGUAAGCUGGCACCUCCUAUCCGUGAUCGAUUUGUAGAGCAUUGCAUCAACAGAAAGGUUAUAGAAACCAAUACAGACAAGACUUACAACCUUAAGGAUCUUUCAGACUGGUUACAAACCAGAACACGAGCCCAGCGAAUAGCAAACCAAGCCUCUACACUAUACAAAGAGCAUUAUCCUGUAACCAAGAAACCAUCGAGAACAACAAGUUUCAUGACGACUGAGAGAAAGUGUACGUUCUCAAAGAUGUUCUGCCCUUACUGCACCUCCAAUAAUCACUAUCUGGGAGGGUGCAGAGAGUUCAAAGAACUGAAGGUUGAACAAGUAGUUCGUUGGAUUAAAGAAAAGAAGCGGUGCUGGCGCUGUGGCAGGACACAUUUACCGGAAAAUUGUACCCUUAAGCGACCCUGUAGACAGUGCAAUGACUUGCAUUUGACAGUGCUGCAUGAUGCGACUACCAAUGGGGGGAACAAGCCGCCAUCUACAGUCCAGUUGUACAUAGACAGGCAACAUCGUCUUCACAAUGUCAUGCUGAAGAUCUUACCAGUCACCCUUCAUGGUCCUAAAUCCUACAUUGACACAUAUGCAAUCCUCGACGAUGGAUCUAUGCGGAUAAUCAUUAUGACUCAAGCGCUUAAAAAGCUUCAUAUCACUGGAGUCAAAGACAGUAUCUUACUUACGACUGUUAAUCAGGGUAGAACCGAAUGCAGUGGUUAUUCCGUGAACCUGCACGUGUCAUCCCGAGAUAAUCACCAAUGUCGCUUCAGUCUACAGGGGGUGUUCAGUGCUCAUCAGCUAAGCUUCUCAGAGUACACCCAUCCAAUCCAGUCUCUUCAGAAAAGAUAUGCUCAUCUAAGACAAAUACCUUUGACAGAUAUUAACCAGGCAAAGCCGUUAAUCUUGAUUGGUUCAGAUAAUGCAGGACUCAUUCUUCCCUUGGAACCAGUACGUCUAGGGCCUAGGGGAGCUCCAGCUGCAAUCAGGACAGCAUUAGGGUGGACGAUACAAGGUCCAUCUCAUCUACUGACAUAUCAGCAACCUCAAUCCACAUAUUUUGUCAACACUAAAGUAAAUCAGGACUUGUUGAAAAAUGUCAAACGACUGUGGGAAAUUGACAUUUUACCUUAUUCCAAACAUGCCGUUAGGUCUCGUCAAGAUAAUCAAGCAGUAGAACUCUUGGAAAGAAGACGGUUCGAGUUAAAAUCAAUGGGACGUUCGGAACGGCAACUUCAGACCAAUCCAGAAAAGGCAGAAACCCACAACCAACUGGUGAGGAAGCUGGUGGAUGAUGGUUGUGUUAAAGAAAUAUCUAGAGAGGAAGCUGUUCAGUCAAAUGAAUCAUGGUACUUCCCACAUCAUGUAGUCUCCCACAAUGGGAAAGAUAGACUAGUAUUCAAUUGCUCAUAUGAACACAAUGGAAAGGUGUUAAAUGCUAACCUACUUCCCGGACCAACACUUGGUGCUUCACUUUUGGGAGUUAUAUUGAGAUUCAGACAGCACAGAGUUGCUGUUUCCGGCGAUAUAAAAGCCAUGUUUCAUCAGAUCAGGCUGCUACCCGAAGAUCGCCCCCUUCUUCGGUUCGUAUGGCGAGACUUACAACGAAAUAUUGAACCAUGUAUAUAUGAAUGGCAGGUAUUGCCAUUUGGAACAACCUGCAGCCCAUGUUGUGCGACAUUCGCACUUCAAAAACAUGUCAACAAUUACCGCAAAGGGUAUGAAAAUGUGGUUCACUCAGUGGAACACGCAUUCUAUGUGGACAAUUGUCUUGACAGUUUGCCUACGGUUACAGAAGCCAAGGAACUUGUGAUGAAUAUGCGAACCUUGCUUGCUUGCUGA